AUGGCAGCGACGCCGCGCGCCCCCGCCGCCGCCGCCGCCGCCGCCGCGCGCAUCCUGGCUCUCGCGCUGCCGCUGCUGCUGCUGCUCCCGCCGCCCGCGGCGCUGCUCCCCGCGCAACUCGGGGGCGUGCAGGACAGCCCCGUGGACGACCCGGGGGUGCAGGAGGCGGCCGCCUUCGCCGUGCUGGCCUACAGCAAGGCCAGCCCCGGCCCCGUGUAUUUCAAGGAGCUGCGCAUCGUCAAGGCGGCCAGCCAGGUCGUCGAGGGGAUGAAGUACUUCCUGACAGUGGAGGUGGUGAGCACACAGUGCGAGAAGAAGAGCGGCGUGGAACUGACCGAAGCGGAGCUGCAGCUCUGCCCGAUCGCCCCACGCGCCGAGCAGCAGAGAUACACCUGCCACUUCACCGUCUGGAGCCGGCCGUGGCUGAAUGAACUGCAGCUCCUGGGCUCGAGUUGCGUGGCCUGAACAUCCCGCUGAGGGUGGGGGGUCGCGUGUCCCGGAGCCAAUCCGACUGCUGGGGCUACAAGAUGAAUUUGGAGUUCUGAGAGUCUUCCUCCUGGACACGUGCAGUUUCCGGCAUUCUCUGUGCAGAGAUGGGGAGCGAAAGAGCUGCCCCUCCUACUCAUACCCCCUCCCCCGCUUCCUGAUAAUCUCCCUGAUUGUGAAAUGAAAACUCCCCCCUACCCCCGGAGAAAGAUCAUACGAAACUUGCUGAUUGCUUUGUAAUCAUUUUAAUAA